AUGGCAAUCGACUCCAACCCAGCAGAAUGUCUCGCAAUACUUUUCAUGAUAGCCGUAUCGGAGAUUGUUCUCCAGCGGGUCGACCUUCAAGCCGGUUCUGAAUACAAAGACGUUCACUCACUUGACAUUUACACCGCAUUACAUAACUACGAUUAUUAUUUAGGUGGAGGAAGUGCUCCUAAAGAGAUGGCGAGCGAAGUGAGGGAGUUAUUAGAGAGCGGGAUAUUGGAGAGGGAGCCACUGAACCAUGAAGAUUACAAAACAGGCCCGGAAUUGAGCAAAUUUAUUCAUAAUGUCAAGCCUCCCGAGGUUCUCGAAAUUCUCAAGCUAGGCAUAUUUCGAAUGCAACACCCUGAUCACUUGAUUUUCCGAAGGUUUGAGGCUCUUCAAGAGGAAAAUAUUAAAAGACUUGGAAACCAGAAUUCUGAGAAGCUAGAAGAAGUAAACAGAAUGCGGGCUAGAUUCAAGGAAUACAAAUCGGUCAACGCAGGCCGAUGGAACGUAUUUGGGCAUCGCUGCAUGCAAUACGAGGGGUGGAUUAUAACUGGAUAUUAUAAAUUGGAAACCGGAGAGGAUAUGAUGAGCAUUCCGCCUUUCAGAACUUAUGAUCUUCAGGGUAAAUCUAUUGCUUCGCUGGAUGAAGAGAACCGAAAGAGCAAAGAUGAAGCAAAGCCAAUACCGUUGAUGUUGCCAUACUUCUGUCCAACGAUAGAGUGUGCGGCUUCAAAGACCCUUUAUAUUUGGCAUAAUUACGUUGUUACAGCUGCCUUUAUAGUCGAUGGGGACGAACGAAGGAGUGUGCUGCCAGGGUUUACUGAACCAUACCUUUGCGUCGGUGGCUGUUCUCCCUUCAUUCUCAUGCCCUUGAAGUCGGCAUCUAUCAUGCUAUGCACUGAUACUAUGGCUGCCAAUGAAUGA